AUGGCGUUCUUUCUACGGCGUCCUUUCGCCGUACCAACGGCGCUCCGUCAGGUCCCCAAAAAUGUAAACACGACUAGAUUCUUUUCCAACUCUACCUUCAAGCUAUCUCCAUCCAAGCCGGUCGGCCCCGCCACUUCCUCCAUCUUUGCGAAGUCUAGACAGACCUUCCAAAAUGCCUUCCGCCGUACCUACAUGCAACAGACUUACAAUCCCACUCAGGGUAAUCUCACCCAGCGGCUGCUGUAUGGCGCAGCCAUCGUUGGUGGAACAAUUCUGGCAACCAACAUGAUCUUCAACCGCGAAACGAGAGAGGACGGUGGCAUGGCUCCUUACGAGCGCAGCUAUCUGAACGACACUUUUAUGCACACUGGACUUGGUAUCGCUAUUAUCGGUAUUGCUGCUAGAGCUUUGCACAUGAACGGAUGGUCAUACCGUUUGAUGGCCAUGAACCCUUGGCUUGUUACUGGUCUCGGCUUGGUUGGAAGCAUCGGAACGAUGUAUGGUACUUACUACACUUCUCCUGACAACUACCUGGCCAAGUAUGGUCUCUGGGCCGCUUUCAAUGUCACCCAGGCUGCCCUUCUGUCGCCCUUGAUGUUCAUGCACCCCGCUCUCCUUGCCCGCGCUGGUCUUUACACUGUCGGAAUGAUGGGCUCUAUUGCUUUCGUCGGUGCUACCGCUAAGCAGGACAAAUACCUCUACCUGGGUGCUCCUCUGCUUGCCGGUGUAACCAUCGUCGCUCUUUCUGGUCUCGCUCCUCUCGUCCUCCCCGCUACUGCCACCCGCACUUUGAUGUGGUCUGAGAGGCUCUGGCUGUAUGGCGGCCUCGCUGUCUUCGGUGGUUUCACUCUCUAUGACGUACAGAAGAUCCUGCACCACUCUCGUAUGGCUGAGAGUGGCCUUAUCCGGAGGGAUGUUGUCAACGAGAGCAUCAGCCUCGAGUUGGACUUCAUCAACAUCUUCAUUCGUAUGGUCCAGAUCUUGGCCAUGCAGCGUAACAACCGGAAAUAA